AUGAAACCUCUUGUUCUCGGAUUGUAUGCGUAUCUCGCUUACUGUGUCCAUUCCGGUAUAGUAGAAUUUUCACAGGCGGCAAGCUCGUCGUAUGUGCCCCCUGCUAUGGGCUCCGAUGGAUGGAAUUCUGGAACGGCUUCCGGGGUCAAAUGGAAUCCAGCUGUAGAAAAAAUGUUCGAAGGAUGGCGAGAAGGACAGACACUCCGGUUGAGAUAUAAUCGACGAGACAAAGUUUUUAGUGCCGAUCCUCAAGCAAUGGAGGGGAGAAGAAUGCUCCAUGAUCGCAAGAUGCAACAAGUGUCGCAAAGUUCAAAGGGUUUCGAAACAACGACUUUGAAAGCACCUUCCCAGCCUGGUAUGUCGCGUACGGAAUACACUGAAGAGGAACUUCACCAUAUAGCAAAAGAAGUAAAUAAAAAGACAGAUGGCUUACACUACAAGUACAAUAAGGACAGCAAAAUUUUAUCCAUGAAAGAUAAAUCACUUUGGGAUGUCUCUGGGUUCUGCGGACGGAUUAAGGUCUUUGAUUCAGAAAAUCCUGAACAACUCAUCUAUGAAACUAGUUGUUGCCAUUGCCGUCAUCCCCGAAGCGGGCAUGAGUGGACUGUUGGAGAAUGUUGCGUGGUUAUGGCUUCAAUGAUCACGCCUACUGCAUCAUGUUACUACUGUGAACGUUGCGGCGAACUAUUGGGAAGUGUAUCUGAAGGUAUAUCUCAAAAAUUGAAAACUAUACGUGAAGAACGCGAACAAAGGCGUGCGAUAUCACAAAUUCAUCCCGAACCAAGCACUUGA